GAUUGGUCAAAAAUAACAACCCCCUUCUAUCUUGCCCCUCUUCAGUAUUCCCCGCUGUUAAAGAAGCUCUACUGUCAGAUUGCCAAGACCUGUCCAAUCCAGAUCAAGCUGUCCUCAGUCCCACCCCACGCCAGUGUCAUCCGUGCCAUGCCUGUCUACAAGAAGGCAGAGCACGUCACGGAGGUGGUCAAGCGCUGCCCCAACCAUGAGCUGGGGCGGGACUUCAACGACGGUAAGCCACCUCGAUAGCCAUCGACACCACUCGUGUCACCGACUGACCCAUUUCCACAACGGAUUUGACUUCGGACGAUGCACGUCUGAUGUGGUUGUUUGGGCUUCCUUACUUAAAUGCACUUGUAUACUACUCUGGAUAAGAGUGGCUGCUGCAUGACUGAAAUGUAGUAAAGUGUAAAUGAAAUAUCGGUUUUGGGUACUGUAAAAAUUCAUGGUAGUUUUGGAUGGAUGAACAGAUGGAUGGAUUCAUUGAUUGGGUGAUUGAUUGAUUGACUUGUAUACUACUCUGGAUAAGAGUGGCUGCUGCAUGACUGAAAUGUAGUAAAGUGUAAAUGAAAUAUCGGUUUUGGGUAUUGUAAAAAUUCAUAGUAGUUUUGGAUGGAUGAACAGAUGGAUGGAUUCAUUGAUUGGAAUCCCCCCCCCCCCCUCCCGUCCCCCUCCCCCCCUUCCCGUCCCCCUCCCCCACCCCCUUCCCCACCCCCUUCCAUCCCCCUUCCAUCCCCCAGGCCAGGCGGCCCCCGCCAGUCACCUGAUCAGGGUGGAGGGGAACAACCUGUCCCAGUAUAUGGACGAUCCCAUCACGGGCAGGCAGAGUGUGAUGUUGCCCUAUGAGAACUCACAGGUGAGUGGCUCCCCACAGCUAGGACCCCAACAGAACAGCCCACGCUCACACAAUACAAAAUAACUGUAAGCAACCCAAUUGCUGGUGUGCCGUAGCCACUACUGGAUGUUGUUCCAACCAGGCACCACAAACAAUACUACCAAUCCCCACACCUGAUCUCCAGAAAUGUUCAAUAAAAAACUUGAUGUGUCUGCAGCACUCCAUGACUUGGGUUGCUUAUCCCUGCAGUAGAACAUGGGGGUUGGUUGACAUUUAAAAUCACCACAAAACACAAAUCACAGUAUUCAUUUGAAUUGGUUAUUUAGAUGUAGUAUACCUAUUUAGUUUUUAUAUUUUAGUUGCACUUGAUUUUAAUUGAUAUUUUCAAAAUAAUAUAUAUUUUCACCAUGCCUGACUUUUAUGAUGUAACAUCUUAUGACAACACUGCCAUCUAGAGGUAAUAAAAUAUACAGCUUAUAUUCUGUCCGUUAUAUUCAGUCUGAUGCGUUAGGGUUGGUUUCACACAAGCCCUGACAAAAUAGUUUUUAAAUCAAUACUUUAAAUGGGAAGCCCCAGUGUGUCGUCAUGGGGUGGUAUGAUGUGGUGCCUUGGCAAUCAGACUGCCUUGUGAUUGGCCAGCGGACAGUAAAGGUCUCUCUGAUAGGUGGGAACAGAGUUCCCCACCAUCCUUUACAACUUCAUGUGCAACAGCAGCUGUGUGGGAGGGAUGAACAGGAGACCCAUCCUCAUCAUCAUCACCUUAGAGACACGCAAGUAA